GUCGUGUCGUGCACCUGAUAACAUUCAUAUGGAUGUCUGUUGGUAGGCUCUUAAGCUCUUUGGGUCUCUCUCUCCUGCUCGAGAAGACACAGCCUUUGUCUUGUUUGAUAGGUUGAUUGACCUAGUACCAUGAUGGCUUCCACAUUUUUUAGAAGCAUUCAAAACCACCCUUUGUUGCUAUGCCCAACUGCAUUGUUUAGAAGAAAGAAUGGUGUUUUAUAUUGCACAAUGAAAGGCACAGAAGCCCAAACAGCCACGCAAGAAAAGCAAAAGCCCCACAUCAAAGUUCCACCUCGUACUCGGACCAAAACAAUUGACAAAAUCUCAAAAGAUUAUGAAGCAAUCAUUGGUAUAGAAACCCAUGUCCAGCUCAACACUCACACCAAAGCCUUCUGUAGUUGCCCCUCCAAUUAUGGGUCUCUACCAAACACCAGUGUUUGCCCCAUUUGCAUGGGUCUACCUGGUGCUUUACCGGUUUUGAACUCGAAGGUCAUUGAGUUUGCUGUGAAAGUGGGUCUUGCUCUCAAUUGCAAGUUGUCUUUCAACUCAAAGUUUGAUAGGAAACAGUACUUUUACCCCGACCUUCCAAAGGGCUACCAAAUAUCUCAGUUUGAUGUUCCUAUUGCAACUGGCGGCUACGUUGAUGUGGAUCUUCCGGUGGAGUUUGGCGGUGGGCAUAGGAGAUUUGGCGUUACUAGGGUUCACAUGGAAGAAGAUGCAGGGAAGCUACUUCAUUCAGAAAAUGGAAGUUAUUCAGAGGAAAUUACUGUUGAUUUAAAUAGAGCAGGGGUGCCCUUACUUGAGAUUGUUUCUGAACCUGAUAUGAGAACUGGUAUUGAAGCUGCAGAAUAUGCAGCAGAACUGCAAAGGUUAGUUCGGUAUUUGGGAGUGAGUAAUGGCAAUAUGCAAGAAGGUUCACUUCGUUGUGAUGUGAAUGUCUCAGUUCGCCCAAUUGGGCAGUCACAGUUUGGGACCAAGGUUGAGAUAAAAAAUUUGAAUUCUUUCUCAUCAGUUAGCAGGUCCAUUGAUUUUGAAAUUUCGAGGCAGGUGCUUCUUCAUAGCCAAGGCCAGGGUGAUCAAAUUACACUGGAAACUCGUCUCUGGGAAGAAGGCGCUCAGAAAACAGUCACAAUGAGGAAAAAGGAAGGCCUUGCUGAUUAUCGAUAUUUCCCAGAACCAGACCUUCCAGGAGUUAUCCUCACUAAAGAAUAUGUCGAUAGUAUUCGUGAUUCAUUGCCAGAAGCUCCUGAAGUGAAGCGUCGGAGAUAUGAGAAGAUGGGCCUAAGCAUGCAGGAUGUUCUUCUCCUUGCAAAUGACAUUAAUGUUGCACAAUUUUUCGAUGCAACUAUUGCAAAGGAAGCUGACGUGAAGCUAGCUGCCAAUUGGAUAAUGGGUGAUAUUGCUGCCUAUAUGAAAAAUGAAAAGUUGACCAUAAAUGAGAUUAAGUUAGUUCCCCAGGAGCUGGCCGAGUUGAUAGCUUCCAUAAAAGGUGGGACCAUUAGCGGGAAGAUUGGGAAAGAGAUAUUGUUUGAACUACUAGCCAAAGGUGGAACCGUCAAGGGACUAAUAAAAGAAAAGGAUUUGGUUCAGAUAGUAGAUCCUCUGGAGAUUGAGAAAAUGGUAGAUGAAGUCCUUGCAGAGAACCCAAAACAGCUGGAGCAAUAUCGUGGUGGCAAGACAAAACUACAAGGCUAUUUUGCUGGCCAGGUAAUGAAAGUAUCAAAAGGUAAAGCGAAUCCCGGUCUUCUAAACAAGAUCCUUUUGGAGAAAUUAAAUUCCAAAAACUGAUGAUUUUGUAGGUUCCAUCAUAAAAGCUGGUAUUUCCUUGGGUCUUGCUAGGCGACGCAUCCCAGUGAUCCAACGGCAGCCCAAUGAGUUAAUAUAUCUUUGCCUACUGAUGAAUUAAUUCUGAACUCACAAUACUUCAUGGCGGCUUACAGUUUUACUUGUCCAGUGCGAACACGGAACGGAAAUGGGGCCAAUUACUUCCCUUGUCACAUAUAUAUUCUACGCUCACCUGACUGACUUUCCAUAGUGGGAUAGAUUAAUAGUGACUGUAAGCACUUAUGAUAUUUAUGUAUAUAUUGUAAGAAUUCAAGCCAUUCUUGACUUUGAACUUUCAUUCCUUUCACCUGAUCUUCAUAAUUUGAAAGAAAGGUUUGGUUAAGGUACGUUUGGCACGCAUACUUGACUACUGAAAUGGAAUGGUUAUUCCUUUA